ACAUCCAGACAUUAUAAAACGUCUCAAACAAUCGUUUCCUUCAUUAAACCUACAGACAAUCCCUAACAAUGGUCCACACAGCAAUAUUGUUUGUUUCAUUGAUUUGUAAAAUACAGACCUUUUCUGUUAUGUCCGAACCAGAUCCAGGAUUUGAUACAUUUUUCACAACCAACUUGGAAGAGAUGCUGGAUGUACCUAUUCAUUUUGAUAAACCGUUACCAUCAUGGCUACGAGGUACUCUGAUCAGGAACGGAUUAGGGAUGUUUGAACUUGGGCGUCGAAAUUUUACCCAUUCCUUUGACGCCUUUGGUAAAUUAUCCAGUUGGAAGUUUUAUGGUAAUGGAUCAGCAUCGUUUAGUACGAACUUUAUAAAAUCCGAUUUUUAUAAGGACUCUAUUGAUAGAGAUGAUAUAGCUCCGUAUUUAAUGUUUGAAUCAGUCAAACCACCGUUCAAUGAAUUUCAGAAAAUGGAGGCACUAAUAAGGGGUAUAGAUAAUAUGAAUGUUAACGUCUAUAGAUUUUUCAAUCGACAGGGGAAUAGUUACGAGUAUGUGGUUCUUAAUGAUUUUUGGAAAAUUUAUCAAAUCAACCCGGAAAGUCUAGAUACGAUUUCAUCAGUUACUGCAGAUCUACCACAUAAAGGUCACUCGGGAAGUUACACUUUCUUAAGUUUUCUGUCUACAGCGCAUCCUCUUCCAGAAUAUGGAACAUCGAAUCAUUUCACUUUUGUUAGCAGCGUCAGCCUAAUUCCAGGAAUCAAAAGUAGGAUUUCAUUGAUACGUAUAAAAUCAAUGGAAGAAAGAGAGGAAGUUACUUCGUGGCCAGUAGAUCGAGUCCCAUAUAUGCACUCGUUUUCGGUAACUAAAAACUAUGUUAUCAUAUUUGCUGCACCAUUUUUUGUUAAUGUUAUGAAUAUGAUCCGAUAUGCAGCUCCAAUAAAAGGUUUAGAUUGGAAAUCAAAUGAACCAACAACCGUAUAUGUCAUUAAUUUAAAAACAAGGGCUGUGACAUCUCUGAAAACAGCCAAUGUAUUCACUAUGCAUCAUGUUAAUGCUUUUGAAAGUGGAAGUGAAAUAAUCGUUGACAUUUCAUCAUAUCCUAAUCCCAACUUUGUUAAAAAUUUGGAGGUUUCUAUUCUUAAGGAUCCGAUUAAACGGAAUGUAUUUGAUGCGCAUGCUUAUUUAAGAAGAUAUAUAAUAAAUUUGUCAAAAGAGAGUAUCAUUUUUGAACCAAUACAGGGAUCGAAAACGGUACCGUUCUCUAACAAUUUAGACUUGCCUACAAUUAAUGAGCGUUACAGAUAUAAAGAAUACUGUUUUGUAUAUGGCGUAGUACUGAAAAUAGACAAUGUUACUCUCAGUAGAGAGGCAAUUGUAAAGAAAGAUUUAUGCAGCAAUGACAAUGAUAAAUAUUGGUAUGUUGAAAACCAUUAUGCUUCAGAAGCUGUGUUUAUUCCGUCACCGACUGAAAAGACAGAAGACGAUGGGUAUUUGUUGGUGCCAAUUCUUGAUGGUUAUCGGAAGAAAAGUUACAUUGCAAUCAUUGACGCAGUUUCUAUGGAAAUUAUUAACAAAGCUAAUUUGCCAACAUACGUUCCUUUUAAUCUACAUGGUAAAUAUUUUGAUGGUGCUUUGUAACAAACAAAAAUGUGGUAAAAUAUAUGACGAACAAAAGCACUUCGAACAGUCUUAUGUAAGGUUGAACAGGGUUCCGAUGAAGAAUUGCGGAUUUUCCGUUACCAUAUCAUGCUUUAUCAAUUAAUCCUAGUAUGAGUGCCCUGUCAUGACCGGUCAACAAUCUUUAUCCAUUAUACAGCCAGGGACACGAGAAUGAUAAAGAUAACCGACAUCAACAAGUUGUGUAACAACAUUUAAUACGUAAUAUAUAUUUGUAAACCUAUUUGUUUUUGUGAGAUCUGAAUCUGAAUGACCUUUAAUAUCAAAAGCAUAAUGUAUUUCAUAGCGAGGAGUCUGUGCUUAAGUUGAGUGUUGGUAUGAUAUAAAAAAAUUUCAAAGAGUC